AAUGUUAGGAGCCUACUGCUAUGCCGAACUUGGUAUAGCUAUUAUGAAAUCUGGAGGAGAUUAUGCAUAUAUUCACGAAGCUUUUGGUUCAGUAUUCGCUUUUCUGCGUCUCUGGACGGAAGCUUUAAUUGUUAGGCCAUGCUCCCAAGCGAUUGUUGCUUUAACAUUUUCUUAUUAUGUUAUGGAGCCCCUCUUCCCAGAUUGUGAACAGCCCCAAAUUGCUGUUCGUUUGUUGGCGGUUGUUUGCAUAAUGGUCUUAACCGCUGUUAAUGCUUACGAUGUUAACUAUGCUACACGUGUUCAAGAUAUCUUCACAAUAGCGAAAUUGGCUGCCCUUGUAUUAAUUAUUAUUACUGGAAUAGUACAGGCUUGUAGAGGACAAGUUAUGCAUUUCUACGGAGCCUGGGAUGGUACUAGUGCAGAUGCCGGUAGUCUAUCACUGGCUUUCUUUUCUGGACUUUUCGCAUAUAACGGUUGGAACUAUUUGAACUGCGUAAUAGAAGAGCUGAAAGACCCAGAGAAGAACUUACCCAAAGCCAUUGCCAUGUCAUGUUUAAUAGUAAUGUCUGUAUAUGUACUUUGCAACUUGGCCUAUUUCACAGUCGUUUCUAAGGAAGAAAUGCUGGCUGCGCAAGCUGUAGCUGUUGUCUUUGCCCAAAAAGUCUAUGGUGUUAUGUGGUGGAUUGUGCCCGUAUUUGUUGCCUUGUCAACCUUUGGAGGCGUAAAUGGUAUCCUGUUUACGACAGCUAGACUUUUCUUCGUCGGAGCUAGGAACGGUCACAUGCCUAGGAUGAUGCUUAUGGUUCAAACAAAACGAAUGACUCCGGCACCAGCAGUUAUAUUUAUGGGUUUUACAUCUCUAUUGUAUCUGGUGUCAACUGAUAUGUUUGCUUUAAUCGACUAUGUUACCUUUAGCAAUUGGUUAGCUAUUACGUUAUCUGUCGUCUCUCUUUUAUGGCUACGAAAGAAGAGACCAGAACUUCAUAGACCACUGAACAUUCCCUUAAUUGCACCAAUAACUUUUAUCGUCAUUUCUUCCUUCCUUAUAAUAUUCUCCAUCUAUCAAGCUCCCACACAGACUGGUUUCGGAUGUCUAAUUAUAGCAUCCGGCAUUCCGAUCUAUCUUAUCUGUGCCAUGCCCAAACGUCAUCCAAAGCCCAUCGAAAGAGCAAUAAAUGGGCUUACUGUUCUAGUACAGAAAAUUCUCAUUUGCCUACCAGAAGAACAGAAAGUGAAGGAUAUGGAAUAA